AGCCGUCUGGCGUCGAACAUCAGGGCAGUGCUCGAAACCCUGUGCGAGCUGCCCCGAACUUCUCGCUCUUCUUCGAUUACUUCCUCACUUACGUCCUUGACUCUCAACUCCGACAAUUGUUGGCUUCUCCGUUGAGCCGUUUUCCUAUUCUGACAAAAGCGAUGCUGGACAUGAACGGCCUGGAUGGCUUCUCCCUCCUGCAGCUGGUGGCUAUUGCGGGGGUGGUGGUUUUGCUCUUCUCCGUGUGCGAGGUCUGCGGGUACUCCUUCUUCUCCGCCGCCAGUGAGGAGUUCAUCGUGGUGAUGCUCCUGGUAGUCUUGGAGUUUGGCCGCCGCUUCUCCAAAUCCGACACCCGGAAUCCCAGCCCGGGGAAGUCGGCGAAGUCAUUGGAGACCAAGUCUGAGGCGAAGGCGGAGUCGAUUUUCCAGCAGCUGCAGAAGGCGGCGCGCAACGGGGAGCCUCGCAAGGCCGAGCAGCUCUGCAGACAGCUGCGCGCGGCCGGGCAGCUGAGCGCCGCGUCCUUUGGGGCCGUGAUCAGCGCCUACGCGCGCAGCCGCAACGCCAGCGGGGCGGAGCGCUGGCUCAGGGCCUUGAUUGCAGAGGACAUCGGUACGCCCAAUGUCAUCAGCAUCAACAUCGUGAUCUCUGCCUUUGCAAAGCAGGGCAACGCAGCAAGGGCUGAACACUGGCUGAAGCAAAUGCAGCCACUUCGCUUGGAGCCCGACGUCAUGAGCUACAACGCCGUGAUCGACGCUUGCGCCCGCGCCGGAGACGUGGAGCGGGCGGAGCACUGGCUCCGCGAGCUGCGCGACGCGUGCGGGCCCAACAUUGUGAGCUUCAGCUCGAUUUUGCACGCCUGUGCCAGGGCGGGAGAUGCCUGCCGCGCUGAGCAGUGGCUUCAGCGGAUGCAGGCGGAGGAUGGGCUGAAGCCCAACGUGAUCUGCUACAACUCGGUGAUCCACGCCUGCUGCCAAGCCGGCCAGCUGCAGAAAGCCGAGGACUGGCUGAACCGACUUGUUGCGCAAGGAGUUCAACUCACGGUCACCAGCUAUGGCGCCAUCAUCAACUCCUUGGCAAAGUCCGGAGAUACGCAGGCGGCAGAGGCCUGGAUCGAGCGGAUGGAGGCCAAUGGCGUGCGGCCGGACAUCGCCAGCUACAACAUGAUCCUGGGCGCCCACUGCCGAGCCGGGCAGCUGCACAAGGCCCACCAGCUGCUGGACGGGCUCCGCUGUCGGGGCCUCAGCCCCAAUUGCAGCAGCCUGAACUUGCUGCUGGGCGGCUACGCGCGCGCCGGCGACGCCCUGGGGGCGGAGCAGGCGUUGAAGGAGCUGCAGCGACAAGGCGUGGCUCCGGAGCCGCUGACCUGGCAGCUGAUGACGAAGUGCCUGGCGUCUGCGGACAAGGAGCUCUUGGAGCAGAUCCAGGUGGAAGGUGAGGGCCUGACCUGCUUUCAUGCCCUGCUCUCCCACUAUGCUGCGGUGAAGGAUGUGCGGGGAGCGGAGCAGUGCAUGGCGCGUCUGGAGGCGAUGGGCACGCCAAGCGCUGAGAGCUACGUGGCAAUGCUGGAGGCGUGCGUGGGCGCUGGAGAUGUGGUGCGGGGAGAGUAUUGGCACCAGAAGAUGCUGGAGAGGCGAGUGGAGGCCGGGUCCGUGGUGAGUCAGCUCUUCCAGGCGGUGGGGAAGCUCGGGGACUGCGGGCGCCUGGCGGUCCUGCUGCGAAGGCAUCGGGAGGCCGGCUGCGAAGUCACCGGCAGUAUGUACAACGCUUUGAUCAGUGCCUACGCAAAGAAAGGCGACGUCCGGCAAGCGGAGCAGUGCUUCGAGGAGAUGCUGCGGAGCGGCUGUUCCGGGGACGUGGCCAGCUUCUCCGCCAUGGUGCACGCCUGCGCCAGGUCCAACCAGCUGGCUCGCGCAGAAAGUUGGAUCGAGAAGAUGGAGCGUGCAGGCAUCCAGGCAAACGUGGUGACCUACAACAGCGUCAUCAAUGCCUGCGCACGCUGCGCCAAUGCUGAUCGCGCGGAUACCUGGUUUCGCAAGAUGGUCUUUGCAGGCGUGAAGCCGGCGCUAUUCACCUUCAACUCCCUCAUCAAUGCGUAUGUCAAAGCGGGUGCUCAUGGGCGCGCGGAAGAUGUACUGGAAACCAUGCAGGAGCAUGGCAUCAAGCCGGACGCGGUGACCUACAGCACUCUGAUCCACGCCGCCGUGGGAGCAGGCGAUCCUUCACGCGGCGAGCUUUUGCUGAAGAGCAUGAAGGAGAAACACGUCUCUCCCAGCACCUUCUGCUACAACUCCGUGAUCCAAGGCUGGUGCGAGCAGGGCUCCCCGGACCGCGCGCUCUUCUGGCUGCGGGAGGCCAGCGCUCAGAAGUCGUCGCCUCCGCUCAGCGGGGGGCCGCUGGUGGCUGCGCUGCUCCGGGCCGAGCGCUUCGAGGAGGCGGCGCACUGGGCCGCCCGCCUGCAGGUGCCGCGCUUCGGCCCGGGGAGCGCGGCGGCGGUGGCGCAGGCGUUGGAGGGCAAGGGCUCCCGGUGAGGCGAUGGAGGCGACCGCGACGGCCGUUCGACUGAGCCGCGCGUUGGAAGCCGCGGCUCGGCCGAUGUCCCGUGAGCC